AGAAGAAGAAGAAGCAGUAGAAGAAGAAGAAGAAGAAGAAAUUGUGUUUUGUUGCUUUCUUCGUAAACUCACACAAACAUCACUGAUCAGCAACAAAUAAAGUGGAAGUAGAAUGACGCGCCAUGGAAAGAACUGUACGGCCGGAGCUGUCUACACGUACCACGAGAAAAGGAAAGAUACAGCGGCGUCUGGUUACGGGACUCAGAGCAUUCGACUGGGCAAAGACGCGAUCAAAGACUUUGACUGCUGCUGUCUGUCCCUGCAGACCUGCCAGAAUCCUGUGAUGACUCCAGAUGGAUUCUUGUAUGAAAAACAGGCCAUUCUUGAAUACAUUUUGCACCAGAAGACAGAAACUGCCAAAAAAAUGAAGGCAUACGAGAAGCAGAAGCAGGUGCAGAAGAGCAGCAGCCAACUUGAGUCCAAGUCAGAAGAAAGAGAGAGAGUGGAGAGGUUUAAGACCAGGGAGAACAGCAUUGUGUCCAAACCCAUCAACCCAUUCACAUCUGGACUGAACAAAGAAGGAGAGAAGGUCAGGACAGAUAGCAGCUCAGCAGAAUCCUCCACAGCUGGUCCCGUUGCCUCUUCCAGCCAGAGCCUGCCCAGUUUCUGGAUCCCCUCUCUGACACCACAGUCCAAACCCACCCUGCUCAAGAAACCAAGUAAGGCUGUGUUAUGUCCCAUGUCUGGACGACCCAUUAAGAUGAAUGAGCUCAUCACAGUGCGCUUCACUCUUCUGGAUCCCAGCCUGGAUCGAGUGGCCCUGCUCACCCGCCAGGACAGGUAUGUAUGUGCAGUAACCAGGGACGUCCUAGGCAACAGUGUCCCCUGCGCUGUUCUGCGCCCCUCGGGGACGGUGGUGACUCAGGAGUGUGUGGAGAAGCUGAUCAAGAAGGACAUGAUUGAUCCUGUGUCCGGAGACAAACUGUCUGACAGAGACAUCAUACCGAUGCAGAGGGGGGGAACCGGCUUCGCUGCGUCCGGGGUUGAUCUCAGGGCCAAAGAGGCUCGGCCAGUGAUGCAAGUAUGAGACGGAGGACAGACGGAGGACAGACUGCUCCCAGAGCUUCAACAGCUGUCACCUGUUUGAUGUCUCUUGUUGUUGGCUUGCAUAUGUUUCUUGUUCCUAUAGGUAACUGGCUUUUUUUUUUUACAUCAUAGACGGGGAAAUUCAAUAGAUGUAAAAUACCCUUGCCUCCCGAAUUACAUUUCACCUGUUUUAAAAAGUAGGUUUUGCCUCCACUAACUGUAUAUAUAAGAAUUAUUCCAUAUAUAGAGCAGAGCUGAUCAUUGGUUUAAACUUUCCUUCACUCCUCAAACUUUUUUCUUUUUUCUUUUCAGAAACGCUUUAUUAAUUUUAAGGCUCUUCAUAGAGUAGAAUACAAAAGAUUGAUCUAUCAAUCAUUGAUUCAUUGCCGUGUGCUCCGAAAUAUAUGGAAAGUCAAAUACCAUUUUUAAUUCUGAUUCACAGGACAGGAUUUGCAGCUGGUAAUUAUAAAGCUUCUCCCUGUCACAUCCUGAUGACGAGAUAAAUGUAACCUAUUGAGUUUCUUAAUGUUGUCUGUGAUGGACAGAGCCAUACCAGUGAUCCAUCCUGUUUCAGGCAUUAAACUGUAUAAUAGUUUAGUCGUUGUUUUUCUAUCUGGAUAUAUUUGAGAAUUGAAAUCAUUCAACCAAUUAUAUCAUUAUUUUGUCAAAAGUUUAUAGAAGUGAUGUC